UUAAAAUAACGAAGGAGUGGAAGGGUAAAAAAUCCAGAUCUCUCUCUCUCUGUCUCGCUCUCGCUGUGUGGAUUUAAACCACCAUCGUUCCUUUCUCUGCUGAAUCAAGGGCACCACCGAAGAAGUAAGAAAGAGAUAAUCUAAUGAUGGAUGCAGAAGGUAUGAAGUUUGGAAGAGGACCUAGGGAACUUACGGGUGCAAUGGAUCUUCUGAACCACUACAAGUUGUUGCCUCAUCAUAAUUUCUUUUGCAAGAGGGCUCUGCCCUCAUCAAUUUCAGACACACAUUAUCUUUACAAUGUGGUGGGUGACACAGAAAUCAGAAAAGGGGAAGGAAUGGAACUCGAUCAGCUCUUUAAUAAUGCGCUGUAUGUGCAAAACAUUGAUUCAAGCAUUCAACCAUUUGACUUGGACACUCUAAGACAGGCUUUCCAAUUGAGGGAGACUGAACCAGUCGAGCUGCCUGCUGCAGAGAAAGGAAUUCCUACUGCAAGUGGGAAGUCUACUGCUGAUUCUAAAGACAAGGAAAAGAAACAUAAAAAACACAAGGACAGGGACAAAGAGAAGGACCGGGAGCAUAAGAAACACAAACAUCGUGACAAGGAAAAGAGUAAAGACAAAGAUAGAGAGAAGAGUAAGAAAGAUGGAAGCGGAAAUCAUGAAGGUGGUGAUGAUCACUCAAGGAAGCAUCACGAAAAGAAAAGAAGGCAUGAGGAGAAUGGAGAUGCCACUGAUUCUCACAAACACAAGAAAAAGAAGCAUAGGGACUCCAGGGGUGAUGAUAUUGGACUGACAAAAGAGAAGAGCUGAUCAUUUUACAGUUAGCUCUUGUUAUGCAAAUUGACAAGAUUGAAGAUUGGUAGGAGGGAUUGUUUUGAAGGGAAGAGCUCAAGGAAUAAUAGAUCAUCUUUCUGCUUGUAGUUGGUUCAAAGGCAAGAUUAUAUAUAUGUGUCUUGCCAGUUUGAUGGUGGAUGGGAAUACAUUGGAUUUAGUGGUAGCAGACCAAUCAAUGGUAUCUAGAAAAGUAAACCUUGUGUUAGUUGGUCGGUAGCCACAGGGCUUUCAAAGUGGGUCAUCAUACCCUGAAGCCUCAUUCACCUCGGUCGAGCCUGACCCAACUCACCUGAGAUCAAAUUGGGCUCACCCUGUAGCCCUUGCUGUUUAUGUCCAUGGUUCAGCCUUUUGGUUCUAAUAAACAGCAAUUGCACGUGAGUGACCGUGGUAUCCUUGGAAAUAGUACCAUUCGCGCGAUACAUCAAAUAUUCUUUAAUUUGUUCCCCUUCCCACAAAUGUCCACUACUCAGCCUGCCCAUAGCUGCAUAUUUCCUGCAGUUGGUCUUAUGCCUUUAUGUGGCCUGUGAGUUGCAGUUAUCAUUAACCCCCGAAACUUGUCUUGGUUCAGGGGAGCAUACAUUUUCAUUCCCCUUACAAAUCUUAGGGAGUGCAACAUCCUUUGGGAUGCAUGUAAAUGUGAAUGCUUUUCUUUCUUCUUGUUUAACCAAUUUAGCAUUGGAGAUCAUUAUUCAACAAAUGAUGGAUGACAGAUUUUUUUA